CCUCCCACCACUCAUUCUUUAUCUCCUCAAUCCUUCUCUCUCCAAAAAUCCUCCCACGACUCUCAGACUCAGUUGCUCUAGAAAGAAACCCCUAACUCUAUACUCUCCCACCGAGAAAUGGCCGCCGCAGCACCUCCGCCGCCGCCAACCCCGACUCCCACGCCGCCCACUGGCCUGCCGCAGUCCGAUUCCACCGCCCCAUCCCGGCCGACGUCCCCCACAUCUGCUCCGCCACCGAAUCCGACCUCUCCUCCACCCUCUUCAACUCGCCUCCUUUCCAGUCCUUCACCGUCUUCCUCCUCGAAAUCUCACACUCCCCAUUUUUCAAUCCACCGCCUUCUUGCUUGCAUGUCGUUCGCGGAAGACCUCGCGAAGCCGGCGGAGGGAGACGACGUUCCCGCGGCGGCGUUCGCGCGGCGGCGGUUGGAGACGGCAGGCGGCGCGGCGGUGGUCGUGAGUCGGAGGGAGAAGGAGGGCGGCGGUGGUCUUCUGUUUCUUCUUUCUUCUUCUGGGUUUUCUUUGAGAGGUGAAAGGGAAGAGAAGAGAGAGAGGAUGCGGAAGAGAAGAGGGUGGAGGGGAUGGCUAGGGUUUGGGGGGGUCGUUUUGAGAGGGGGCCGG